AUGACCAAGUUCAUAGCUAGACAAUUUUUACGGAACCUCAAGAAUAUGACUACUGCUAAGCCAAGAAUUGUUCCUAACAAGUAUUUCUCGGAUAAUACAGCUAAAGACGUCUGGUCCUUGACCAAUGAAACUGCUGCUUCUGCUGCUAAUAAUGCAAAAAACAAGGGAAGGGAACUGAUCAAUCUUGGUCAGGGAUUCUUCUCAUACUCUCCACCAGAAUUUGCUAUCAAGGAAGCAAAGAAGGCCUUGGAUAUCGCAUUGGUGAAUCAAUAUUCCCCAACAAAGGGGCGUCAAACACUUUUGAAGUCCUUAUUAGAGGUUUACAGUCCGUUGUAUAAGACACAAUUGAAAACUGAAAAUGUGACUGUGACCACAGGGGCCAAUGAAGGUAUUCUAUCAUGUCUAAUGGGACUUCUAAAUCACGGUGAUGAAGUCAUAGUAUUUGAGCCGUUUUUCGACCAGUAUAUUCCAAAUAUCGAACUUGUUGGAGGUAAAGUGGUGUACGUGCCAAUAAAUCCGCCAAAAGACAUGGAUAAGCGUACGGUCAAGGGCACGGAAUGGACAAUUGAUUAUAAACAAUUUGAAGAUGCGAUCACCGAAAAGACCAAAGCAAUUAUAAUAAACACACCUCAUAAUCCAAUCGGCAAAGUUUUCACUAGGGAAGAAUUGACCAAGAUUGGAAAUAUCUGUGUUGAGAAAAACGUUGUCAUUAUAUCAGAUGAAGUGUACGAACAUUUAUAUUUCACUGAUUCUUUCACUAGAGUGGCCACAUUGUCACCAGAAAUCGGCCAAUUGACAUUAAGUGUCGGAUCAGCCGGUAAAACAUUUGCAGCCACCGGCUGGAGAAUCGGUUGGGUCAUUUCACUGAAUCCCGAUUUAUUAUCAUAUGUUUCAAAGGCGCACACAAGGAUUUGCUUCGCAUCACCAUCACCAUUGCAGGAAGCUGUUGCCAAUUCAAUUGAUGAUGCUUUGAAGAUCGGAUACUUUGAAAAAAUGAGGCAAGAAUAUAUCAGAAAGUUCGAAAUUCUAACGAGUGUCUUCAAACAAUUGGGUCUGCACUACACGAUUCCAGAAGGUACCUAUUUCAUUCUGGUCGAUUUUUCUAAAGUUAAAAUUCCUCAUGACUAUGCUUUCCCUGAAGAGCUAAAGCACAAAGCCAAAGAUUUCCGGAUUUCGAAUUGGUUGAUUAACGAACUGGGCGUCGUAGCAAUUCCACCAACUGAAUUCUACAUUAAGGAGCAUGAGAAAGCAGCUGAAAACUUGUUGAGAUUCGCUGUCUGCAAAGAUGAUGAGUACUUAGAAAAAGCCGUCGAAAGAUUGAAACUGCUGAAAAAUUACAUGUAG